GAUGCGAUGGAUUAUACUAUUGAUGGCAAACAAUAUAGAAAUGCAGUUAAGAAUGAGACACGAAAUCAAUGAUAUUAUCGGCGAUAGAGUGGCAGACAAUCACCACAAGAAUGACUGCCAUUAUGUUAAUGCAUUCAUCGCUGAGACUCUCAGAUAUAAAGGGGUCUUCCCAUUAGGAGUUCCACACGUGGCUCUCUGUGACUAUCAAUUAGACAAACACCUCAUUAAAGAGAAAUCAAUGGUUGUCGGCAAUCUAUUUUCCGUUUCACGUGAUCCAAGUUUAUGGUCCAAACCGGAUGUCUUCUCCCCCAACAGGUUCUUAGAUAAGGACAACAAAUACAUGUCAGCCCUCCCGGGGUUCACACCCUUUGGAAUCGGACGGCGUAUAUGUUUGGGUGAAAAGCUUGCGCUCGCGGACCUCUUCUACAUAACUGUCCGCCUAUUGAAGUCUACUCCAGACUAUGUGUUUGCGUUGCCAUCGGGUGAAGGAACGGCUGAUUUAGAGCCCGACCCUAACAUAUUUGUCAUUAAUGUUCCCAAACCCUAUGAAAUAAUACUCAAAAGGCUGUGA